AUGAACACAUUUGAUCUAUCCCCCUUAUUUCGGUCCACCAUUGGUUUUGAUCGGUUGGCGCACUUGCUGGACACCGCUCAUCGCGCCGAUUCGAGCCCGAGUUUUCCAGCCUACAACAUCGAAGUGGCAGGCGAAGAUGCUUACCGGAUAACGAUGGCAGUCGCUGGUUUUGCCGAGUCUGACUUGGAGAUUACCAGCGAGCAGAACACGCUGACCGUCGCCGGCAAGAAAGCAGGCAAAGAAGGCGUUGAGCGCAACUAUCUGCAUCGUGGUAUCGCCGAGCGUUCGUUCCAACGGCGCUUUCAGUUGGCAGAGCACGUUAGAGUUGCCGGUGCUGAGCUUGAGAAUGGACUGCUUAACAUCGAGUUGGUCCGCGAGGUUCCUGAAGCCAUGAAACCGCAAAAAAUUGCGAUUGGUUCUAGGCUGAUCGAAUCGAAGGUUGAAAAGGCUGCUUAG